UUUCCGUUCCUUGAAAAACGAAACCUCGCCUUGACUGGCAGGGAGUCCUCUUGACUCGUAAACGAUCUUUGUACUCACCUGUAGCUAGGAUACUUUGCCCUCCUCUGCUACACACAGAGUCGCCCCAUUGGUGGAUGAGUGAUGGGGGAAGUGCUGCUGCUCUGGAAGUUGACCACCUUCUGCCAGUGGAAGUGUUGAACUGAAGAUUAAAAGAACGCUGUUUUUAAGAGUAUUUUAAGUAGUAGUUAGUGGCAAAAACUUGACUUCAUUGUGGUAUUUUUUGUUGGAAUUGCGUACUUCCGUCAUGGAGUUUGGCGAAGAGUCGUCGCCCGCUCUGGCUUUCGAGAAGGACGCGUUUGAACUCACGGUAGAAGAUGUGUAUGACAUUUCGUAUGUAAUCGGACGAGAUUUACUGAAAAUAAGCAGCACUGGCGAAGAAGUGUCGGAUUUACAGUUUAGAAUAGUCCGCGUUUUAGAAAUGUUCGAGACUUUGGUCAACAAGUACAACUUGUCCCUGGAGGAGCUGAAAAUGGAGCGGGACAACUUGAAGAGCGAAAUGGACAGGAUGAUCAAGGAGAGAUCAUCUGGCCAGGGCACCCAGACAGCGGGACCUAACCAGAUGGUGGUGGACCUGACGGACCCCAACAGACCGCGCUUCACCAUGCAGGAGCUGAAGGAGGUCCUGCAGGAGAGGAACCAGCUCAAGGCUCAGCUCAUGGUGGCUCAGGAGGAGCUUCAGCUGUUCAAGAGUGGGAUUCUGCCACAGGCUGAACCAGCCAUGGUGGAAGUGGAUCUGGAGUCACCAGCGUCUACAGAACUCAGUCCAGCCACGAUAAACGAUACAAAAGAGGAGAAGACAACCAUAAGCAAACUGUUUUCAUUCAGGCGAAAAUAAGAACUGACCAUGUAGAAGACGAACAGGAUUUGUCGACACAAUGUUCAGUCAACCACUUUUAUAUGAUAAUUUUUUUUAAUUAAAAAAAAAAAUAAUUUUACACUGUGUUUGUUAACCUAACAAGCAAUGAGUUUUGUACUGGUAAUUUUAACCUAAGAUGUUUUUUUUUAGUAAUAUAGAGUUGCUGUAGAAAAAUAUAAUGUGGAAAGUUUGGUGAAGAUACUGAAACUGGAAAGUAUUAUCUAACUACUGUUGGAGAUUAUGCUGAAUGCAUUCACUGACAAUUAAGUUAUUUAUGUGCUCGGAAAUGUAAUUAAAAAAAAAAAAUCUAAAUCUAAAACACAUUUUCAGCUGUCAAAUAAAGGAAAAAGGGCCCCAACUGUCAUAAACUUCAAAUUAUAAUAAAAUGUUACUGCAUUUUGAAUAGCAUUUUUGUGUAUUCUUUCUGGGAAUGAAUAAAAAUUUAAUUAAAAAAAAAAA